GUUAUGUGUGGAUGUUUAUGAUUAGGGAAUAAGCUCGACUCAAGAAUAACAUCUCUGUUUCUGGCACCCUAAGCAGAGCUGCCUUUUGCAUGUCUCGCUUUUUUUCCCCUCUCUCUGGCACGCUCAAACACACGCGCACACACCAGGGGUUGGGGGGUGACAGAGACAAAGCCGUGAUAAUCCGAUUAGGACCAAUUAGGCGUGAGAUUCUGCGACAGGAGCUGAAAACCUUAACACUCUGUAGACACUUAUGGAGACAUCUGGGCUCUCCCGGGGUGGAACGGGGGAACGCGCAUUGUGUGUGGAUGGAUGGAUGUGCGUGAUUUGAGUGUGUGUGUGUGUGUGUGUGUGUGAGAAAAGAAAGGUGGGAGCGUGAGAGAUAGUGUGGACACUCCCAUACAGACAGAGUCUGUAGCAGCAGUUUCCUCCAGAGCUCAGCAUCAGCAUCAGCAUCUUCUCUGCAGGUAGGAUGCUCCCUGAAACAAACUUUGCGCUCUCAGAGGUCCCGCGCGCGGCUCCACCUCCUCGCGCGGGUUUAAUUCCUUGCUUUCGGUUUCCUGUCGAUAGGAGGCUUCAGUCUUAAACUUUUCCUCUGUAUUCCAGGUAGCGGGACUCGGAGCCGCAGCGGGAUGUUUUACUUCCACUGUCCGCCUCAGUUAGAGGGAGAAUGUUGUCGCUCCAAUACGCUAAAUUCCAGUGGUUUUGGGAGCCACGCCCCGGCUGAUUUCGACGAUGGAUUUUUACGCAGAAAACAGCGAAGAAACAGAACAACAUUUACGUUGCAACAGCUGGAGGCUCUGGAGGCUGUCUUUGCGCAGACUCACUACCCGGACGUGUUCACGCGGGAGGAGCUGGCCAUGAAAAUCAACCUGACCGAGGCCAGAGUUCAGGUUUGGUUCCAGAACCGCAGAGCGAAGUGGAGAAAAACGGAACGUGGGAGCUCCGACCCAGAAGGAGGAAAGGAGCAGAUGAGUGAGGGCACUCCUCCGUCUCGGAGCAUCAACUCCCAGUCCCCGGUGGAUCAGAGCAGGAAGCAGAAAGAACCAAUGGAGAUGCAGCAAAACAUCAACAGGACGGUGGGUCCUGGGGGUCCGUUCUUUCCAUCCUGCAUACCCGGUACUCUCCUCAACUCUGCCACAUAUGCCCAGGCUCUGUCUCAAGUGGCCACCCUUAAAGGCAACCCUCUGUGCUCCUGUUGUGUCUCUGACCCAAUGGGCUUAUCCUUCUUGCCACCCUAUGGUUGUCAGGGCAACCGCACAGCCAGCGUGGCCGCCCUGCGCAUGAAGGCCCGUGAGCAUUCAGAGGCCGUGCUGCAGUCUGCAAACCUGCUCAGCGCCACAACCGGGCCCGGCGCCGGAGUGGGAGUUCUCUCUGGGGUCGGCGUGAGCACAGCUGGGGUGGUGAGGCCCACCGUGGGUCCUGCCAUGGAGAUGCCCUGCGCCGGCAUUAGAGCGGGGGACAGCGCCAGCCCCAUCACACCUGCAAAAGUCCCCGCCCUGAGCGCCAGUCCGGAAAAGCGCCCUCACUGCUCCAAGGAACCAGCAGAGAAAAAGUGAGGACGUGGAUGUACUAAUCAUCGACGGAUGAACAACUAAGCACAACUACCGGCUGACUUCAGAUAUCCAUUCUGGGACCUUUCUGAGAUGUACGGAUUCAAUCAUAAAAAUUAUUUAUUUGAUUGUAAAUUUUAAUUGUGAAAUGCUGAGUACUUGGGGUGUUUGUUGCCCUCAUUGAAGCACAACUGUGAUGUUGGAUCUAUAAGUGUUUACAUGCACCCUUGGAUUUCUGUACAUGCAAAAAGGCCCAUUUGAUAAUGUGAAUUUGGGUAAUCGCAUCAUUUCUCCUUUUCAGUCAGAGGAUGGUUGCUUACAUUGUGAAUGUUAAUGCAUGAAAACUGUGAGUGUUGAAAUGAUGGUUGAUGGUUUCUGCAGGACUUUGGCCAAAAUCCCAUCAAGUCUCAUUCUUUAGUUUUUACAGUGAAAGUGCACUUUGAUACUUAUCACUAUUUUCUUCUUGGACUGAAACAUCCUUUAUUUACACAGUUGCAGGUUUUUUUUUUCCUCCAAUCUGUUUGCACAUUUGUAGCGCCAGCAGACAGGGGAGGCACCAGUCCUGUCGUUACAUGUUCUUUAAAACAAUUAAAGAUGUAGUCGCUCAUGUUCCUCUCGUGUUACUUCUCGUUCCAACCAUCUGUUCCGAUACAUUAUUUAUUAGCAGCUUUUCAAGCCAGGAGCAGAGAGCCGCUGUGAUUCAUGUGUUUACUUCUUUGCCUUGUUUUUUGAUUUCCUAAUUAAAUCCAUGACGCAUAUAUGAUAUUUAUUAACAUUAAAUUGACAUGUUUAAACAUUUUUUCUCAUGCUGUGGAUUCCUAAAUAUCUGACUCAAAUAAGAGAUCAUCCGAUCACACGGAGGCCACUGAACCUCCGAACACACAGCCAGCAGAUCGACUGAUUCAAUUUGCAUCCUUGAGGAUUUUCAGGAAAUUACUUUUGAUAGUCAAUAACGCAAUUAAGUAAACUACACACACAUUACCAUGAAUUAUUGAUGAGAAAUUAUAUAUUAUCAUGAAGUGCUGGUUCAAUAAUUGAUAAGGCCAAACCCUGGUGACAUGGAAGAGAGAGAUUAUAUCAGAAGUCAUGCCAGGUUGUACACACAGCACUCACAUUUGAUCCUUUUUAUGCUGUUGUGUGUAACAAAAUAUUUCAACUUUACAAAUAAAGAGAU